ACUGCGGUAUAAUAUAUGUAUAUACCUGGUAGUGCAGUUGUUUGUUGUCAUCCUAAAGAGGUUAUGUUUUCUUGCUUGUACACAAGACGUGUAAUUUUUAUGUUAAGUUUGUUAAUAAAAAGUGUUGGAGAGGAUUAAUAAACUGUAAACUAUUCAAUAAGCAAAUAGCCCCGUCAUUUAUUAUAUAAGGCGAAUCGACAAAAUGAGUUCUGCGAAUGCGGAUUCUUUGAUAUUGCCAACAACUGAAAAAUCAGAAACGUUCAACGAGAACAAAAAUGACGAUGGCAAGUCAAAAUUUUCAAUGGAGCAAGAAAGCAGAGAUGAGUUGUUUGACAACGAAAUUAUUUUGCCAAAUCCAUCGUCAGCAGCUCCGAGUGUUCAAAGCGUGCAACCUAUGAAAGAGCGACGAGAGAGUAAAGAUGGCAAAGAAAAGAGCAGAAAAGAACUAGAAGAGGAGGAACGAGAAAAGAUGCAAGUCCUUGUGUCCAAUUUCACUGAAGAUCAGUUGGAUAGGUAUGAGAUGUACAGACGAGCUGCUUUUCCCAAAGCAGCGAUCAAAAGGAUCAUGCAGACAAUAACUGGAUGUUCUGUGUCGCAAAACGUCGUAAUAGCAAUGUCAGGUAUUGCAAAAGUGUUCAUUGGUGAGAUUGUGGAGGAGGCUCUGGACGUUAUGGAAGAGUGGAAUGAGAGUGGGCCACUACAGCCAAAGCACUUGAGAGAAGCUGUCAGAAGACUGAGACUGCAGGGCCAGAUUCCCCAUGGCAAAUCGAAAAAAGUGUUCUCUAGGAUAUAAAGUUAACCUUGUACCAAAAAUGUAAUUACGUACAUCUACAACUUGAGACGAUAAGGACUCGACCUAGGACUAAUUUUGUAUAUUCAAUUGAGGAAAUUUUUACGUAUCACUAAAUCUACAGACAUCGUCUGAUUUAUAAGGUGACAAAAAUGUAGAUAUAUCAAAUGAUUUGUCGAGUAAUUAGUGUAAAAAUUAUCUGAUGAAUUUCAAGAUUUUAUGAAAAAUGUACGUAGAUUACGAAUACUGAUAUUUUAAAAUGAAACUAUGUUCAUAUUAGUAUGGAUUAAUUAUUGUAAUGUAAGACGCAGUAAAAGAAAUAAAUAUAAUAUUUUACUAUAUUCACAUUACAGGUUCAGGCUUUGCUUACUGAACUUUAACUUUGUAAGAUUCAAGUAACUUUAUAAACUUUUUCUUAGGCGAUACGUUUUCUGAUUAAAAAUUAUCUGCAAAUAGUUCGUUAUAUAAA